UUAUUUUGCUUCGAAAUUCAGUGUUUCGCUAUUCGGUAUUCGGCCGUUCGAAAUUAUUCGUCGUUCCAGCAUCGAGCAGUGUCAUGGCUGAUUUACGGGUGUUUGGUGCUGCAUUUGCGACUGCUACCAUCGUCGGCAGUAUUCGUAGUAGCCAACAAUAGAAGGGCCAUGAUCGUCUGAGCGAUGGUGCUUUCGUGUGUGUCUGUGUGUUCGAUUCGUUGUCAACGAGGACGAGUCGUUAGAAGUAAUUUUUCGAGUAGUCAAUUGGAUUUCACCCCGUCAACGGCGGCGUUAGUUCUGCUCGUGAUAUCCAGCCUAUCGAGUAUGCUGGAGCUGCGAUGUUGGCCAAGGAACUGCACCAGCCUCUUUUCUGAUCAUAAUUGGCCCAUUUGGUUGACUGAUUUGUGUACCCAGUUAGGGUACUCCGAGCUCCAAUUCGCCGAUUGAGAAUUAAGUCGUCUCCCAGGGGGGGGGGGGGGUCGUAAACUUGCAGGACGCCUUAACGGCCCUGCGUAUACCCCGUAUUUGGUUUUUAUCCAUCUUGGCAUUAUCGUCGUUUUGCACCGUUGCUCAAAAAGAGGGUAUAGCCAAAAUUUUCAAAACUCUAUUCACCGCAGCGUUUGUAGUGUAGCGCACGGCUCCGUGACUGCCGUUGUUUCCCUGUUGAACGGCGGUGAAUUCUCAAGUCGGGGUCUCCAGUAGAUAAAAUUGUCAUCCGAAACUAAGCUCAACUUUACGGAGUCGUCGCCAACAUGCACAAAUCAUCAUGCCCGCAUGUCAUCACCAUAGGGGAUUGGUCCCCGGCCGAUAUAGCCGAUAAGGAGAAGACAUCACGCUGCGAAACUUGUGGCGAGGACGAGGCGGGUUUAUGGUGUUGUUUACAUAGGGAUUGCGGUUAUGUCGGCUGCGGGGAAAAGCGUGCCGAUCAUUCGGCGGCCCAUUUUUCCUCAAAUCAGGAACAUUCUUUAAUGAUUAACCUCAAAAGCAAGCGUAUAUGGUGUCAUACAUGCGAGGCCGAAGUGUAUCUUGAUAAUAAUGUUCCUGCUCCGUGCCGAUCAUCUUUGCAUCCUGAUAUCGCCGAAAGUGAGCGACCAUCCGACGAUUUGAUACAGCGACCGCUUGGUUUAGCCGGCCUUCAGAAUCUCGGCAAUACGUGCUACAUGAAUGCCGCCUUGCAAGCACUAUCGAACUGUCCUCAACUUACUCAAUACUUCCUCAAUACGCCCAUUUCGCCGCAAGUCAUCCGUUCUGAUGGACGAACCCAAAGCGCUAAUCUCGCUGUGAGCUACAGUAAAAUGAUUCAACAGAUGUGGCACGAAAGGCGACCGCCAUACGCUGUCCCGUCCGGCGUCGCUUACGGAAUUAAGUCAGUCUGUCCUGUAUUUCGUGGCGCGACACAACAGGACGCGCAAGAGUUCCUUCGGUGUUUUCUCGAUCAGCUACAUGACGAACUUAAGCGAGAAUAUAUCCCAAAAAGGUCCGAGCUCGACGACGCUGAAGGUUCAAUGGUUAGCGACGCCAGAAACGUUGACCGGACGACUGCGGGUCUAGACCCAGCGUUAGGGAGUAAUAACCAACAUCAUGAAUUGGGGGCAUCCCACCGACAACCCUUGACUCAACACCAAUACCAACCCCAGCUUAAGCAGCAGUUGCAAGCGGGAAACAACUGUAGGGGAGACCAUAAGAGGGGAGGCGAUCCGCAUUCAACCCAGCUGUCCCAUAAACGGCAUCUUCAGUCGUCGCGUAACGGUCGCAACAGCAGUGGCAAUCGCCGUCGACACCGUUUACUUGACGAUAUGGCUGAAAACGAAGGGGAUGUUGACGACGAUGAUGAAGAGAUCCAUCAAAAUUCAGGCCUAGCGAUUUAUCACAGCGUCGGUCAUCUUCACAGCUCUUGUUCAAGGAACCUGAAUGACCUUGUGGUCGAAGUUGAGGACGAUGAAGAAGUCGUUGACAUCGAGGACGCCGAUGAUGAGGAUGAUGACGAAGAGAUGCGUUCGCCAUUUUACAAGGAAACGGGUGCAGGAGAACGGAUAGGGGGAGCUACCUCCCAUAAACAUGCCCGGCCUCAUGCUAAUCAUACGACGGAUGAUAGACCUGGAGAGCCGCAGCAGCACGAGCUUGAACAUCGGCAGAUCCAGCAUCAGCACCAUAACCAAUUGCAGCAGCAGCAAGGCCAUCCACAGCAGGGCAAUGCAGAGGACGACUUUGAGACCUGUGAUUCGGGACUCAGCUCGGAGAAGAGUGAAGCUUCGGCCUCGGACAAGAAUCACAUGGCGGACAACCAGCGGGCAUUUGAGACAUCGCUGUGCAAUCUACUGAUGGGAGAAUUGCAAAAAGCAAUUGCCUCCGCAGGGGUAUCCGCAGUACCGGACGCAGCGGGCAGCAGUGUGCCCAAUCCGAAAAAGCCUCAGGUCUCGUAUAGGUCCAUUAUCUCGGACGUCUUUGAUGGCCGACUUCUAUCCUCAGUGCAAUGCAGAACCUGUGAAAACAUCUCAUCGACGAAGGAAGUGUUUCAGGACUUAUCUCUACCGAUACCUUCGCGGGACCAUCUUGAAAGGCUGCACCACGUGCCCCAUCAGAGUGGCGACCUCAGUAGCGCGUCGAGCUCCAGCAGUCUGAACUCGCUGGCUGCCGCACAAAUUCAGCAGCAGCAGAGCCUAACCCGCCAACAGGGUUGGAUAGAAUGGCUUUUUGGAUGGCUCUGGGCUUGGGUAUGGGGUCCAUCGGUGUCGCUUACGGAUUGCCUGGCAGCGUUCUUCUCCGCGGAUGAGCUCAAAGGGGAUAAUAUGUACUCGUGUGGCAAGUGCAAUAAACUACGUAAUGGCAUCAAGUACUCCAAGUUGUUAGAACUUCCGGAGGUAUUAUCUAUACAUUUGAAACGGUUUCGUCAUGAAUUGCUCUUCUCGACAAAGAUCUCUAGUCGUGUAUCGUUUCCUCUUGAAGGACUCGAUAUGGCCCCGUUCACGCACCCGCAGGCCAGAGAUAAAGUGACCACGUAUGAUCUCGUUGCGGUUAUCUGCCAUCACGGCACGGCAAGCUCAGGCCAUUAUACAUCAUAUGCUAAGAAUGAAUACGACAACCAAUGGUACGAAUUUGAUGAUAUGUACGUUACGAAGGUCGACCCCUCAGUGGUAGCAACAUGUGAAGCAUAUGUUCUGUUCUAUAGGAAAACGUCGGAGGAAAUGGCAAAACGUAGGGAUCAUGCCACCGAUUUAAUAGAGCGGUCUCAGUGUGAGCAACUGGACGAGACUUCACCUACGUUUUAUAUUUCGCGUCGAUGGGUGAAUCGUUUUAACACAUUUGCUGAACCCGGACCUAUUGAUAAUGAAGAGUUUGUCUGUCCACACGGUCGCCUAAACCCGUCUGUGGCCGACGGCGAUCUCGUCCUAUUUAGUCAAUCUGUGUGGGAAUAUCUUCGGGAGACGUUUAAGGGAGGUCCAGCCAUCACCUCUACGGAACGGUGCUCGUACUGUCUAGACAUUCAGCGAAUCCUUCUGGAACGAAGAUUUGCAAAGUUUGCUUUAUCUGCUAGUCAACAGCGUCAACAACAACAACAACAGCAACAACAGCAGAUAAUAGCGGCCGACGAGAACAUAGAACAUCAGCAGCAAAUUGGUUUAGCAACAGGUGACGUACAGCCCGUGGAAAAACGUCCUCAAGGCCAUUACGCAGGCAUGUUGGGAGCCGCUGUAAGCCAAGUCAAUGGCCAGUUGACUGACAAUGGUAGCCUUGAAACGAGACCUGGCUGGUCUUCCGUAACAGAAGCUACUCCGGCUGCGAUGGAAGCGCACCGAGAGGGACAACAACAACAACAACAACAGCAACAGCAGCAUUCAUUGAUCAAUACGGAAUCAGAAGAAAGCGCUAUGAUGGACACUUCCGACACGGAGGAGACCCAACUGCUCAUUGAGCAACGCCAUCAUCAAGAAGUACGACGGCAGCAAAUAUUGAGACGGGAACAGCAGCAGCAGCAGCAGCAGCCACAGUUGAUGCCCCAGCAGCAUCAAGGAGCGACACAACAGCACCUACAAGCAAAAGUGCUUGAUUCUGAUGACGACAAUGAUGAUGAAGAGAUUCUUUCAGUGGAGCGACCAGUUUCCAUUCCUAUAGACAACCUAUUAGAAAACGUCGUGUUGAAGAUGACGAGUGCCCGUGUAACGGACAUGAUAUCCUCGCAAGGUUUAAUUGAGGGAACCACGAUCGCCGAUAUUCAUCGAAAUGGCGACGGACAUCGCGAAAAUAUUGCCGAAGCAGAUUCUGCGUUCUGCAGUCCCAUAGACAGUAUCAUCACUCGAGGUCCGUACGGUCAAUAUUACUUCUCCAGCCUCAUUGGAUCCACACCGACCGAGGUAAUACCGCAGGUUGUGACGCUGCAGAAGACUUCUCCGCUUAUUAACGGUAACAACUGUCGCGUUGCUCCAGUGACUACGCAGUCUAUGUCGCGCGUCGCAAAUGUCAUCCCUACAAGCUUGGCCCCAACGGAUGUUCCACCUUCGGGGCACACAAGUAACAAGCGUGCCUCGAGACACAGAAGGUCACGCGACAAAAAAGCCAAAAAUAGAUGGUAGCUAUUCAGAGAUGAACCUUAAGCAUAUCGAUUAAUUUAUCGAUAUCCGUUUAUCCUUGGUCGUCCACCUCUCUUUUUGAAAACUUAGUUAACUGUCGACAACGACAGCACUAGCAAAAGCUCCAUUGAAGCUGUAAAGCAAACAUAAACAGCUUCGAUGCUGGUUUCAUGUAGAAGUUUAUUUAUGGGCACAAUUGGGAUACGACGGAACUGAAACCAAUUCUAGUGACUACACAUAUAUAUAUAUAUACUAAUGAAAAAAGUAGUGUUUGGCUAGCUGCGAGCUAGUUUUUUAGAGAUCUAUUAUAUAUUAUCCAAUACUAUCUCGAAUAGGUAAGCUAUAGCAAGAAAAAAAAGUUGAUCGGAUGGUAGAUUUUGUCGCCAGACAUUAGCGCCGGUGUCACUAGGUUAAUGAGCUAACUAAUGACGUAGUGCGUGACAAGACCCGUUUCGAUUUGAGUAACACUAGCAUUGAAAACGAUCUAAUUGUCCAUCUAUGACGUUCCAUACUUUAUAUGGACUUCGUAAAUACUUGCGCAGUUUUGCAGCAGAGUGGAAUGUUCAUAUUUCUGGUGUUGUCUUCAAAGUCCAGACUCCUUGUUCAGCUGCCUUUUCGCCCCCGGCAAGGUUUUCCUCUUUGCCCAAGCUUCACCUGUUUCUUCUGAUUUCCAGGGCAACCAUGUGAAUAACCUGACGCGUUCCGUACAUACCAGUAUUGACAGACAGAUUGGUAACCUCAUGAUACUGUAAUAUUAUUAAUACUCACACAUGUGAAUUGAGCGGGAGAAACCGGCCCGACGCUGAACGCGCUGCUUACUGGCUUUGGUGCCGGUAGGUUUUGAAAUGUAAAGUUGCGCCUAGAACAACAAUAGUAACAGAAUAGUAAUAAUCACAGCGGCUAGAUAGGUUUGGCGGGACGAGUAUUGAUACGCUGGACGUUUAUGCCGUACGCUGUACAUGUGAACGCGUCCGUGAGCGAAAGCGUGCCGGCGCGAAUGAAUGCCGUGGAAGACUGCGUAAUUCACUACAGGGACUAUACUGGUGGCGACGGCAGAUUGAGUGGGAACUGGGAAAAUUAUCGACAAAGAACGUCAAUUUCAAAGUAUUAAACAGUCGACUUUCCAAUGCUACAUCAACGUGAUUGCUACCAUAACCUUAACGACAUCAACAAUAACAAAUGGAUAUCAAAUGGAUCGGAACGAUGAUGACGACCCUAAUCGUAUCGUAGACAUCUAACGAAAGCGAAUCGUUACCAUUAGUAUUAUAUAUUAAAAGGGAUUAGUCUUAAGUAGGCGUUUGUUUGGCGAAGGUCUGGGGGGGGAGGGGGGGAGGGUAGUUCCCCGCAGUGACAAUGGCUCGCGAUACUGUAAAUGAGACCAAACAGAAAGAAAAACGCGUAGAACGAUAACAUAACAACUCAACAAAUAUUGUCAGUGAUGGCCUUUUCGCAUCUGUGUCUGAAACACAAACGGAACAUAAGGGGAGAGGGUAAUUGAUAUCUGCUUGAUCGAUUUGUUUUAUAGUUAUGUUAUUACUGAACUUUUUGUUUUGUGUAAAAUCGUGUCGAAGGAAUAGGGACUGAUUAGAUUUAAGCAGCAGCAAGCUUGUUAAUAAAAAUAUAGCGAACUAUGGAACCAACACAAGCUUUUUUAUCGCAUAAGCAAAAUUAUCACUAUUAAAUGGUGGUUUCAUUGACUUAGCACCACACAAGAAAUGCUCCGCUCCAAAUUCUAUUUAUUUGCUUUUUGAAUUUAGGUUCUCCUCACAGAUGCAACAGGUUUUAAUGCAAUGAUUAGAUUGGUUGCUGUUGACAGUAUCUAUAUUUUUCUGUAGAAUUUCCAUUUUUGAUCCAUCAGAUCCAUACAGAAGGUUGUCAUGGUUCGAAAAGACGGGUUUAACUAGGAUGCCUGUGGAUAUUGCUGUGCCAGCGAAAAAGAAAUAGAGGCACAAAAAAUUUACACAAAAAGGGCACAGAGGAAAUAUUACUGAAAAUUGUUUAUCAAACUUAACGUAAUUAACUGCUGCUAUGUAUUUAAGUCGAUAUUAUGAUGCUUAUAACUUUAAUCGCAUUAAUAAAUUAUAGUAGUAGAAAUGAUGAUGAACGUUAUCAUGACUGGGGCAACCAGCGGCCGAAGAAGACAACAGGGAAGCCCGAUGGCAACAAGUACAGAAGUCGACACUGAAAGCGAUCAAAGCUCAUUGCAUAUUGUUUAUUCGGUAUUAUAGCUCAACGUUAGCAGACGAAAA